AUGUUGCCCCCUCCACGCCCAAUUCAGUCAUUCCAAGGACAAGAUCUCCAACCACCUGCAUUUCGAGACUCGUCCCAACGUCGUCGUACCGAUCUCGAGUCUGGCGGAUAUUUAGACAACCCCUCCACCCCCGUAUCGGGUGGACGAAGGAAUAAUGGCGACUUUGGGGUCUCCACACCUUUUGGGGUAACUCCAACAAGUGAGGUGGACCUUAUCAUGUCUUCAAAGAAUUUGAACCGGAAAAGGAGUUUGAUUCGCCCAGAACGGACCCGCAUGAAUCGAGACCAUCCAAACUACCACUACCGCCAACAUGCACAAAACAUGGCGACGUUACCUUCCACGACCGGGAACGAGCCUGUGUACGAAUGCGGAGAGGCGGAUACGAUGAGCUCGGGAAGUACGGAUCUGAAGAGCCUAACUAGAACCGAGCAGAGUAAUAUCAGCCCCAGCUAUCCUGAUCGCGGGGUUCGUUCGGGCAAAUUCAAAGGCCCAUCACAGCGAGACGGGCCCAAGAAGCUUUCACAGAGAAAACUGUCGCGGAAGGAAUCCACGGCCGCCAGAGAGGCGGAAAAGAGGCGGCAGGAAGAGCUAGACGCUAUUAAGCCCCCAAGUUUCUGGAACGUGUACUGUGGCAUGGUGACCUUUUGGUGUCCCGAUUUCAUCCUCAAAUGCUUUGGAAUGCCUGCAAAAGCACAAAGACGAGCUUGGCGUGAGAAAGUUGGUCUCAUCAGUAUAAUCCUGCUGAUUUGUACCUUUGUUGGAUUUCUCACCUUUGGCUUUACACAAGUCGUCUGCGGUACGCCUAGUCUUCGCCUCAAGAUAAACGAGGUCGAUGUUGGAAAUAUUAUCUUCCAUGGAAAAGCGUAUAGUAUGGAGGGCACAGAGCAUCCCGAAGCCCUCGGGGUACCUGAUAGGACGAACGUCGCCUAUCCGCCUGUUGGAUACGGUGGUAUGGAUGCCAGCUUUUUGUUCCAGAAUGUCAAUGGUGCUUGUAAGGGCAUCAUCACUGCGGUACCAAACUCGAAUGUGCCAACAAACAGUGAGGGAGAGUUGGCAUGGUACUUUCCGUGCGUGCCUUUUAAGCAGGAUGGUUCCAGCAGACCCAAUUUUACCGAACCGCCGUACUUGGGAUAUUCCUGCCAUACGUCUGCAAGUGCCAGAAGCACCUUCUACACCAGGUUAAACAAGCCUGGAGAUGUGUAUUUCACGUGGGAAGACUUGAAGAAUAAGUCCAGAAACCUGAUGGUAUAUUCAGGAAACGUUCUCGAUCUGAAUCUUCUGGAAUGGUUUGACAGAUCCCAAGUUUUUGUUCCCCCUCAAUUCGACGCGCUCAGAACAAAUCCGACCGUUCGAGGUAUUGACGCAACACAUAUAUUCCAGUCGCCCGCUGAUAAACGGUUGGCGAGAUGUUUGACCGAAAUUAUCAAGGUUGGGUCCAUUGAUACCGAGACUGUGGGCUGCAUCUCCUCCAAAGUGGUUUUAUACCUCUCCUUGGUAUUUAUUUUAGCUGUAGUUGGGGCGAAAUUUGUUCUCGCUUUGGCGUUUCAAUGGUUCAUGGCUAGACGUUUUGCAGCACAAACGAAUAUAGAUCCUAGCUCGAAGGAGCGGAAGAGGCAAAUCGAAGAUUGGUCCGACGACAUAUACCGUCCGGGUCCACGCUUGGCGGAUCUCGCGGGGCCCGAUAGAGGUGGCAAACGCGGUAGCGGCAUUUUCCCUACAACCUCCCGGUUCACUAGCCCCUAUGUCCUGGAUCGCGGGUCGCAAAAGCAGCGUGCGGCACCCACGACCAUGGUCAGUCAGAGCGCAAGCAGCAGGUUCAAUGCACUGAAUUCGAUGUACAAGAUGGGACAAAACCAAAGCCAGGGGACUUUAAGUGCCGAUCCCUAUGCCCAGCACAGUUUCGCGGGGAGUCAUACCAAUCUGAUGAUCGGUGCUCAAGAUCAGAGAUUCUCCACGGCUAUUAGCGAUGCUGAACAAACGGGUCUUCCGGGCUUUAUUCAUGAAGCGGUUGUUCCUCAACCGCCGCCUGAAUGGCAACCAUUUGGAUAUCCCUUAGCACACGCACUUUGUCUAGUAACAGCCUAUUCAGAGGGUGAAGAAGGUCUGCGCACAACGCUGGAUUCUAUUGCCAUGACCGAUUAUCCCAACAGUCAUAAGACUAUUAUUGUUAUUUGCGACGGUAUGAUUAAGGGAAAGGGCGAGACUCUCACUACUCCUGAUAUUUGUCUGACCAUGAUGGGCGAUCACGCUGUCUCACCCGAUGAGGUCCAAGCUUUCUCCUACGUUGCCGUUGCCAGUGGAGCAAAGAGGCACAACAUGGCAAAGAUUUAUACUGGAUUCUAUGAUUACGGCCCACAGUCCAUCGUACCCCUCGAGAAACAACAGCGUGUGCCGAUGAUGGUGGUUGUGAAGUGCGGAACUCCAGAUGAAGCAGAGACGAGCAAGCCAGGAAACAGAGGCAAGCGUGACAGUCAGAUCAUUCUGAUGUCGUUCCUGCAGAAGGUCAUGUUCGAUGAGCGGAUGACGGAACUGGAAUUCGAGAUGUUCAAUGGAUUGUGGAAGAUUACGGGGAUAUCCCCAGAUUUCUAUGAGGUUGUUCUCAUGGUUGAUGCGGAUACGAAGGUUUUCCCAGACAGCCUAACGCACAUGAUAUCCGCUAUGGUUAAGGAUCCCGAGAUCAUGGGUCUAUGUGGUGAGACGAAGAUUGCCAAUAAAACCGAGAGUUGGGUCUCGAUGAUACAGGUUUUCGAGUACUUCAUCUCCCAUCACCUUUCCAAGUCAUUCGAAUCGGUUUUUGGUGGUGUUACUUGCUUGCCUGGAUGCUUCUGCAUGUACCGAAUCAAGGCCCCCAAAGGCGGUCAAAACUAUUGGGUGCCAAUUCUUGCGAAUCCUGACGUGGUCGAGCACUACUCGGAGAACGUCGUCGAUACGCUUCAUAAAAAGAAUCUCCUUCUACUAGGCGAAGAUCGAUACCUGUCGACAUUGAUGUUGAAAACCUUCCCGAAGCGCAAACAAGUUUUCGUACCUCAGGCCGUCUGUAAAACUACCGUUCCAGAAAAGUUCUCAGUUCUCCUCUCUCAGCGCCGUCGGUGGAUCAACAGUACUGUACACAACUUGAUGGAACUUGUAUUAGUCCGAGAUCUUUGCGGAACUUUCUGCUUCAGCAUGCAGUUCGUAGUGUUCAUGGAGCUUGUUGGGACGCUUGUUCUUCCUGCCGCUAUCUCCUUCACGUUUUACGUCGUUACCAUCUCCAUCAUCAAGAAACCUGUCCAGAUCAUCCCGCUCAUCCUUUUAGCGCUCAUCCUUGGUCUUCCUGCCGUCCUGAUCGUUGUCACCGCUCACCGUCUCUCAUAUGUCAUGUGGAUGUUUAUCUACCUCCUCUCCCUGCCCAUAUGGAACUUUGUUCUGCCUACAUAUUCCUACUGGAAGUUCGAUGACUUCAGCUGGGGUGAUACUCGUAAGACGGCAGGCGAGAAGACUAAGAAAGCCGGAAUUGAGUAUGAAGGAGAAUUCGACAGUAGUAAGAUUACUAUGAAGAGAUGGGGUGAUUUUGAGAAAGAACGCCGUCUUAAACUUAUGGGCAGCGCAUGGUCGUCCCAGUCCCAGACCAAUGUUUCUAGUUAUCCGCCAUACCAUUCCACUUACGAUCCCUAUGAGUAUUAG